AUGACCUUUGCCGUGGCCCACGGGCGUCAGGCGGCGGCGCAGCUGUCCGCCAGCACUCGGGAGCCUCUCGCGGCCGCUGCUGUGCGGCCUGCGUCGCAUCCGGUGCUUACCACACUAUGGGCUAUGGCCGCCGCUGGGGGCGCCCUGUUCCUGAGCGCCUCCUCCGUGGCCGCCGCUGGGGGGCGCCUUGUUCCUGAGCAGAGCGGCUCAAAAGAUAAAAUAACAGUCCACUUUUUAAACCGUGACGGUGAAAUAUUAACAACCAAAGGAAAAGUCGGUGACUCUCUGCUAGAUGUUGUGGUUGAAAAUAAUCUAGAUAUUGAUGCUUUUGGUGCAUGUGAGGGAACCUUGGCUUGUUCUACUUGUCACCUUAUCUUUGAAAAGCACAUAUAUGAGAAGUUAGACGCAAUCACUGAUGAGGAGAAUGACAUGCUUGAUCUGGCUUAUGGGCUAACAGACAGAUCCCGGUUGGGCUGCCAAAUCUGCUUGACUAAAUCUAUGGACAAUAUGACUGUUCAAGUACCGGAUGCCAUGGCCGAUGCCAGACAAUCCAUUGAUAUGGGCAAGAACUCCUAAGCUAGAAUAAAUAGGAAUAUUUUCACAAAAAUUUACCCAUUUUUAUAAUUACUAUUUCUUAAUGUAAUUGAGAACAUGGAUGAAUGGGUUUACUAUAUGACUAGCUUUACUAUUUUAAUUCACCCUG